UCGAUUUCUCUCUUUAGGUCUUCUACGGCGAAUCCUUGACGUGAUCGCAAUGAUCUCGCCGUGUUUUCCUGUUUCUUGUGAAUCCGUUUCUUUCGAUCAUAUCCGAAUCNUUUUUUUUUUUUUUUUUUUUUCUUCGAUCUAUGUUGAUUUGAUAUCGCGAAUCGUGUGUGAUCUCUCUCUCUCUCUCUCGUCGUUUCGUUUCAUUUCGUUUUUGUUCCUUGUUUAGAUUCCUGAUUCAACCAUGUGUGUGUGUGAAAAGCCCUAAGAAUCGAUGCCUUAGGGUUCCGUUGUUCGUUUGCGUAGUUUGAUUUUGAUCUGUAUCGUGGCCGUCGUCGCGAAGAGUCUUAAGAUUAGUUGAUUGUAUUAUCAGCGAGUUGUUUUAUGGCAUCAUGAUUCAUAGAUUAGGUCAUGUUUCUUAUUGAUUUGGAUUGGACUGGAAUCGAUUUUUGCCAAUUAGGAAAAUUUAAUUGCUAGUGUAGAUUGAUUUGAUUCGUUUCUUUCGUUUGUUGAAUAAUUGCUCUAGCAAUGAAGUCAGGAGGAUCAUCUACGUUGAAUCCAUACGCUGCAUCUUAUGUACCACUCUCCAAAAGAGAAGGUUCUUUGGUUGGUGGUGGUGGUGCUGCUAAGCCGUCUGCAUACCAUCAUCAUCAAGUGCAGCAGCAACCUCAUCAUGUAGCUCAAGGUUAUGGAGUCCAAGGAAUGGGGGGAAGUUAUCCGAGUCCUCAAGUGUCCUCCUUGCCUAAGAAAGCUUCUGACAUGGUUUACAAUCAGCAGAUGAAGGAUGAGGAUUUGGAGAUGGACAUGGAUAUUGAGUUCCUUUUAGUCACUUUCUCUGGUCUCUCACAUGAGUCUAUCAAUGAUGUGUACUUGGCUAACAACUGUGAUCUUGAUGCAACUAUCGAAAUGCUAAACCAGCUCGAGAUUUACAGUACUGAAGCUCAGGAGUACCUCCCUGACACAUUGGACAUUGGCGAUGUACCUGAAACCAUCACCGAGCCUUCAACCUCGACAGCUUCGAAACUAAAGAAUGAAGCGAGUGCGUCGUCCUCGGGUAUCCACAACGCUCGUGUAUCCUCCUCCUGAUUUGAUGAGUCCUUAAAAAUGUGAAGUUUCUUGCAAAUGGAUGAUGAUAUUCUUAGGAGAUCUCUUUCUAUAUUUCUCCCCACUUUGUUUCUGGGGGAAAAGAGAGUACAAUGUAUAGUUUCCUCAGUUUGAGAAUUGGGAUUUGUUUUUUUCUGUGGUUUUAAGAAAAAGCUUCGAAUCAACGUUCUGCUCUUUUGGCCAUUAAUAUCGAAUCAGUGAUAUGUUACUAAUGGUA